AUGUUCUCGACGUAUCGAUAUGGGGGGUUCUUCAGGCUGAGCGUGUUCGGUUUUCUUUUCUUUUCCCCCGACGCCUUUCCCGGUUGCCGUGCUGCCGAGCCCUUGCGACAUGUGGCUCGUCGGCUCUCCGUUCGGACGCCUGUCGACGAGAGACUACUGCGAUGGGGUGGACGGCAAGGCCUUCUGGCCCGCGACGAACGACACGUACUACCUCGACUCCCCCGUCCUGCUGAGCUGGUUCGCCGGGAAGGCGAGCAGCUACACCAGCACCACGGCCGCUCUCUGGAACGUCUGGCUCCAGGACGCUCAGUACGACGAGAAAGCAGCGGCGGGAGCGAAAGGGUUCAGGGAUGUCAUUUACUGUUAGUUGCCCCCUUCCACCCCCGGCGGAACGCGUUUUGCUUCCCCUCCACUUCCCUCCCGACCGGCCGCGGAGCUGACGAGGGCGCGCUCGCAACGGACCCAACAGCGGGAAACUUCACCUACACCGUCGAGGGCGACAACUGGCGGUGGGUGCCCACCGACGUGUGCAACCAGACCGUCGUGUCAUGCAUGUGGACGGUGCCCCGCGACUUCCGGGGGACGGGUAGCUACGUCGUGGUCGCCGUCCGCGAGGCGGCGGCCGCUCUGCCCGCGUACACGGCGACAAGCGGCCCGUUCACGAUCGUGGCAUCCGGCGACCCCACGGCGUCGGCUGCUGCCACUGGCAUCGGGCCUCCCGGAUCCUCUGGGCCUUCUGGGUCCUCUAAGCUGCCCGCGGAGACCGCCGUCGCUCCGCCUGCCGCCGCCGACGGCCGCGGUAUCUCAACGGGCGCCGCGGUCGGGAUCUCCUGCGGUGCGGUCGUCGUCCUGCUGGGUCUGGCCGGGUUGCUGUGGUUUCUCUGGAGGCGUCGAAAGGGGACGCUCGGCGCCGCUGCGAAGGCCAGAGCGCCCGGCCGGGAAAACGGGUACGAGAAGCCGGAGCUGGACGGGCGGGCGGUGGUGGCCGCGAGGGAGGAAGCCGGCGUCGAGAUCGAUCGCAGGCCGGUCCACGUGGUCGAGUUGGACGGCCAGCAGACUUGGGACAAAGAAGGCGUUGCGGCGGAGACGCACGAAGCGAAGAGCAACGUUCAUGUUAAGUCGUCGUCGUCCGCGGCGGAGCUGGAGUCUGGGUAG